AAAGAAUCAAUAACUGACAAUUUAAUGUCUUCAUAUAUGGACUAUUGAUGAACUUUUGAGGAUUUUGGUCCAGUUUCACGUAUUCGUAAACAAUAAAGGCAUAAUUUCCAAAUUCUGCAGGGAAUUUGUUUCUUAUACGUUGCACCGAAUUUAUAUUCUUAUAAUGAAUCCCCGAAAGAGGUCGCGCUAGGAACAUGACGUCAGAAUCAGUCAGAAAUAUGUCGGCAUUCUGAUAGUACAAGUGAUGGUUAUUGUGUAAAAAUAUUUAUAUUCGGUUAUCCAAAUUGUGUAAAAAAUUAGUGAAAAGACAAUUUAAUAAAUUGUAAUCAUGGCUGCGGUUUAUGGGAGUAAAGACUUGAUAGUUGGUGGAAAGUAUCGUCUAGUUCGUAAAAUCGGCAGUGGAUCAUUUGGUGACAUAUUCCUCGGCAUCAAUAUCUCAAACGGGGAGGAAGUAGCUGCCAAAUUAGAGAAUAUUAGAGCAAGACAUCCACAGUUAUUGUAUGAAAGCAAAUUAUACAAAAUAUUGAAUGGAGGAGUAGGAAUACCACACAUUAGGUACUAUGGCCAAGAGAGAGAAUUUAACGUCCUCGUUAUGGACCUACUGGGUCCUUCACUCGAAGAUCUCUUCAACUUCUGUUCACGUCGUUUCACCAUAAAAACUGUACUCAUGUUGGCUGAUCAGAUGAUUGGACGCAUGGAGUAUGUUCAUUGCAAAUCAUUCAUACACAGGGAUAUAAAGCCCGAUAAUUUCCUUAUGGGAAUCGGACGCCACUGCAAUAAGUUGUUCCUCAUCGAUUUUGGAUUAGCCAAAAAAUUCAGGGAUCCUAGAACACGGUUGCACAUCUGCUACCGCGAAGACAAGAACUUAACCGGCACCGCUCGUUACGCCAGCAUCAACGCCCACUUGGGCAUCGAACAGAGUCGUCGCGACGACAUGGAAUCUCUCGGCUACGUGCUGAUGUACUUCAACAGAGGCUGCCUGCCGUGGCAAGGACUGAAGGCAGCAACAAAGCGACAAAAGUACGAGAAGAUCAGCGAAAAGAAGAUGAGCACUCCCGUGGAAGUACUGUGUAAGGGUUUUCCUGCCGAGUUUUCGAUGUACCUGAACUAUUGUCGCGGCCUGCGAUUUGAAGAAGCACCCGAUUAUAUUUAUCUAAGACAGUUAUUCCGCAUAUUGUUCCGUACCCUCAAUCACCAGUAUGAUUAUACCUUCGAUUGGACGUUGCUCAAACAAAAGACAACCAACCCUAACGCAGUGGGUUCCUCAGCGCAACCCCAAACAUCAACUGCAGUUGCACAGCCCCCAGUGAACCGUGACAAAAAAGAACAAGAUGAAAAGAACAAGCAGAUAAAUUCGAAAGGCAACCAUUAACACACCGUCUCGGCAAAAAGAAAAUCAACAACAUUAAACAUUAAGUAAAAACACGAAUUAUUAUUUACUUUGUCUAACGGUCAUAUUUACGGAUAUUGUAAUAUAAUAUAAAGUAGAAAUAAAAUUGAAAAAUGCAAAAAAUAUUUUGUAAUACAUGGGUCUUUUUUCAAACCUAUAUAUUAUCGUCCUUAAUUUUCAGGAGAAUCAUUGCAAUCCUAAAAAAUGUAUGCAUUUUGAUAUAUCAAAUUGUCAUACUGAAUAAAUUCACUAAAUUUUAAAACAUGUAGGUCCAAUUUUUUGAAUAGGAUUUUAAUAAUAAUCCCACCAUUAUAUCAAAUAAAUUGAUAUUUCUCUUUCACAAAUAUCUCAAUAGUGCAAAAUAUUACAAGGUCAAAAUUAAUAUCAUUUUGAGCUUUUGAAUUUUCACAAUUCAAUCAUUAUUUGUUUCAAUUUGCUCACAUAACCUGAUAAGACCUUUUUAGAUGCUUCUAAUGACGGCGAUAUAUAAGAAGAAUAAAUCACAAUAAAUGACAAAAAGGAUGAAAUUACAAAAAAAAAUAGUCAAAAUCAAGGACAGCCUUGAAAGGACCCAUGUGAUUCAGUUGAGGUUAGGUCGCUUACAAAAUAGACUUCAGCCUCAAAAAGAUUGUGUGAGAGAAUGCCUGAUUGAUUCGUAGUGUGAUUGCAAAUAUGGCUGUAUUAUUUAAUAUAAUAGUUUAGGAAUAAGUUGUAAAAUAUUAAUGAACAUUUCGGAGAAUAACUGAGUACUAUAACGUCAAUUUCAUGUCUUUUCACAUAGCCUAUUAAUUGUUCCGAUAACAUGAUGUGCUCCAGUAUAGCAUUAAAUUUCAGUAAAACGUUAAUUUUUUUUUUUCAAUAUCCAUCUGUACAAAAUGCUUUCAAUUUUGUUUUAACAAGAUUAAUAAAGUAUUAAUAUCUAAAUGUUUGUAGCAAAACGAUUUCUUUAAAUAUAUUUUGUUUACAUUGUCUACAUAUUCAUCAAGCAUUGAUCUUAAUAGAUGUUGUGGAAAAUGACUUUAUCAAAGUUUUGUCUUCUUGUUAUUCAAAUGCUACACUUGCUUCGAAUAAAUCGAUUUUUUUCGGAAUGGAAACCGUCUUUUUUAGAUUAAAAAAAAAGUUGAAUGUUUUCUCAGGAAAUUCCCAAGACUGAAGCAAGUUAUGCAUUUAGACAAAUAACAAAUAUGUAUACUUUUUCGAAAUAUGCAUGUGUUGCAAUACACUCCUUGUAAACUGAGGUUAUCAUCUCUCUUUGGCCAUUUCGUGAAAUGGAUCAUAUAAACUAGAUAUGUCGGCUUCAAACUGCAUAUAAAAUCUGGAUGUCCUUGUAUAUACCCCAAUAUAUGUGAUGAAAAAUUAAGAUUUUCCACGUUUUAGCUGGAAGCAAUUGAAAUAACUUAGAGGAAACUUUCAUUAGGAGGAUUUUAUGAAUAUUUCGCCUAAAAAUCGGGUUUGUAUUAGGUCGAAAUAUCGUUAUAUUUAUCUGUCAUCUUUAAGGAUUAGCUAUUUGUGUUCAAUUAUUCAUAUUAAUCGAUUUGAUUUCUAAGAUUAUACAAGUAUUUCGUCUAAAUCGCUUCAGAUAGUGUUUAAAAAGUGCAAUUUUUGAAUGACUCGUUUCAUUUCCUGGGAGAUUAAUUUUUGAUGACUAUGUUUUCAUUAGAAUAUGGCAAUGAAAAGUUUAAUUCUUCAUCGAAAUUGAUGUGUACUACGAUUGUAAAAAUAUUUCUAGUUAUACUAUAUCUGUCACAUUAUUAUUGGAAUUCAUCACAGAUUCAUGGAAAUUUUUGUACAAAUGUUCUGACGUCUCUGAGUUUCAUAAUAGGAUAAGAUUCUUAUGAUUGGGUCCCUUGAUAAAGAUUCCAAUGUUUUUGUAUUUUCUAGUUUUUCGUGUAAUUUUUUAUAGGGAUUUGGAACUGAGUGAUAUGUAACUUAUUCCAAUUAGAAGUUGCAUGAGGAUUCCUCUUAUUUGACAAAAUUAGUCGAGCAACAUCAAACCCAAAUUGGUUGGUUUGAAAAAAAAUCUCGACUGUUUACAAUAUAUUGUUAUCUAAUAUUUAUGUCAAAUCAGUGUGUGUAUUACUAAUAUUAAACUAAAGAACUCUGGCAGAUUAUGAUUUGCAUAAUAUGUGAACAAAACUAGUUGUUUAUUCAAUGUGUCUUCUCCAACAAUUUGUUACUUUCAUAAUAAAACUUAUAUUUAUUCUUGCCUAUAAAGCGGAAAUUCUUUCUCAUCUUUGGAAAUUUUAUUGGAGCAUAAAUAUUGAAUUACUUUAGUUUUGAUCUUCAUACUGUUAAAUAUAUAUAUGGAAUACUACUGUAUAUUUUAAUGUCUCGUUUAGUUGUAAGUAUCUAUAUAAUUAUGAAGGUACAGUUUUUUUGGCGGAAGCCUUUAUAAUUUUAGUUUUGGACAGCUUUAGAAUUUUGUAAAAACGCUGUUUCAUGAGUUGAAAGGAAUAAAACCUAAAACUCCG